UUGGUGAUACACACCGAACCGGCCCCCAACCCACUAUAUUUGGACUCGGAAAAUUCUAGAAGCUCCCUCUAUCUAUCAACAAAUAAAAUCAAAUCUUAGGGUUUAUCCUCUAACAUUUCCCCAUUUUCCUAUCCUUCCUUCUACACUUUCGAUAAGUUAAGAAGAUUACAUUCCAAUGGCGACCACUCAACUCACUGCUUCAUCGAUUUCAACCAGGAAUUUCUCAUCCUUUGAAGGCCUUCGAACUUCAUCAAUUCAAUUUCGUAGUAAGAAUGUUAGAAUUGGUACUUCCACACAAAGGUUGUUUCCGUCUCUGGUUGUUAAAGCCGCCACUGUUGUUGCCCCAAAGCAUACCUCACUCAAGCCACUAGGUGAUAGAGUACUGGUAAAAAUUAAGGAUGCAGAAGAGAAAACUGUGGGUGGAAUUAUACUGCCAUCAACUGCUCAAUCAAAGCCUCAAGGAGGUGAGGUGGUUGCUGUUGGAGAAGGGAAGACAUUUGGGAAGAACAAAGUGGAAAUUAGUGUGAAGGAAGGUGCACAAGUUGUGUACACAAAGUAUGCCGGGACUGAGGUGGAGUUCAAUGGUUCAAAACAUCUUAUACUUAAAGAUGAUGACAUAGUCGGUAUUCUUGAAACUGAUGAGGUCAAGGAUCUUAAACCUUUGAGCGACAGAGUCUUGAUAAAGGUUGCAGAAGCCGAGGAAAAAACUGCUGGUGGUUUGUUACUCACGGAAGCAACCAAGGAGAAACCAUCUGUUGGCACCGUGAUAGCAGUUGGUCCAGGAUAUGUGGAUGACGAAGGCAACAGGAAGCCACUAUCCAUUACACCCGGGAAUACAGUUUUGUAUUCCAAAUAUGCGGGGAAUGACUUCAAGGGCAAAGAUGGUUCUGACUAUAUUGCUUUGAGAGCCUCAGAUGUCAUGGCCAUUCUCUCUUAGUUAUUAACCAUUUUUUGUAUUAGAGCCUAAAUUUUUGUGGUGAGGGAAAUUGUCGUUGUUAGCUAUGAGGCUUGAAAUAUAGUUGAUUGUUGCUCCUAUUCCAUGCACAAUCUGCAUAAACUUUGUUGUAUCUGAUGUUUUUGCAUUAUUGUCAAUGGCUUUUCACA